UACACCCGUGAAAGCAAACCCGUCCCCCGUAAAGGAAGUGGCUACUCGCUCUGCGUGCGUGACCCAAACCCUAAAACAUUUCCCCAUUUCAAUUGAAACGCUCUCCCCACACGCGCAAACCACCCCCACUCGCCCUGUUUCUCAGCUUUUCUUCUCAGAUGCUCUACACUUAAGGUCAAGUACACAUUGAUUUCAGUGCGAGUUUGGUACAAGCAGAGUAGUAUUCAUGCAAAGACCUUUACCUUUGUCUCCAAAAUUGCUCAUGCUCUUAAGGUGCAAAGAAUAGAGCUCUAUGGAGAAUCAUAGAAAAAGAGAGAAUUAGACACCAAAAGAUGUCGGAUGGAGUUUGCUGUUCAAUUCUUACUGUUGACAGGAGAAGAAAAAAGUAAGAAGGCCAAUUUUUAAAAAGAACUUCAUCUUUAAUAAAAUCGUUUUAAUUGUAAAAAGAGACUGGUAACUGUGUAAACCAUAUUGUCAACAUUGCAGAAAUGAAAGCAAAAUUGUGUGCAGAAGAAGUUUUGUGCCAUUUUAAAGGCAGUUAUUUGAAGGUCAUACAACCCACCUUGAGAAUGCCAAUGUGGAUGUUAAGACUGAAAAGGGCUUUUCUUUUCUGGUUGUGACAACAAAUUCAAAGGCAUCAAAAAAGGAGACGUGUACACCUUGACAGCGAUAUCAAAGUUCUGCUAAGCAAACAAACCUUGAGGUAUGGACAAAGUUUUGAAGCACAGAGCAGGUCUCAGAAUGUGAAAAGGAGCAAGACGGGGCAACCCGUGCAAUAUUCAAGGUAUGCUUGGAUAAUUGUUUUCCAGACGUGAUUUAUUCUCAUCAUGGAUAUAGAUCUAAGGCUACCUUCUGGAGAGCAUGAUAAGGAAGAUGAAGAACCAAAUACAAUUGAUAACAUCUUGGAUGUUGAUGAGAAACUGCAUAAUGGAGAUAUUGAGGGUGAAAAUAUGGUUGAUGUUGGAGUUGAGGUACGCGUUGAAGAUGGUGGGGAUUUGAAUUCUCCCCUGGUGGACAUGGUAGUGUUUAAAGAGGAUACGAAUCUUGAGCCACUUUCUGGUAUGGAAUUUGAAUCUCACGGAGAAGCAUAUUCAUUUUAUCAAGAAUAUGCUCGGUCUAUGGGAUUCAACACUGCAAUACAAAAUAGCCGCCGUUCGAAGACUUCUAGGGAAUUUAUUGAUGCCAAGUUUGCUUGUUCUCGAUAUGGGACCAAGCGAGAGUAUGACAAAUCCUUCAAUCGACCACGUGCCAGACAGAACAAGCAAGAUUGCGAAAAUGCAACUGGUCGACGAUCUUGUGCAAAGACAGACUGCAAAGCAAGCAUGCAUGUAAAGAGAAGGCCGGAUGGAAAAUGGGUUAUACAUAGUUUUGUGAAGGAGCAUAAUCAUGAGCUAUUACCAGCUCAGGCUGUAAGUGAACAAACAAGAAAGAUGUAUGCUGCAAUGGCUAGACAAUUUGCUGAAUACAAAAAUGUGGUUGGUCUCAAGAAUGACCCCAAAAACCCUUUUGAUAAAGGUCGGAAUUUGGCAUUAGAGGCAGGAGAUGCUAAGAUUUUGCUUGAGUUUUUUACGCAGAUGCAAAAUAUGAAUUCUAACUUCUUUUAUGCAAUAGAUCUGGGAGAAGAUCAACGGCUGAAAAAUUUGUUCUGGGUUGAUGCCAAAAGUAGGCAUGACUAUAACACUUUCAGUGAUGUAGUGUCAUUGGAUACUACUUAUGUUAGAAACAAAUAUAAGAUGCCUCUUGCUCUAUUUGUUGGAGUGAAUCAACACUAUCAGUUCAUUUUGCUUGGAUGUGCUUUGAUAUCAGAUGAAAGCACAACAACAUUUUCU